AUGAAAUUGAAGCCCAUUGAAGUUAUUUUUCUUCUAAUCAAGGCUCAUAUAGUUUUAUUUAGAAAACGAAUGUAUUCAAGUUUCAAGGAAGCUCAUGAUAAACCUGAUGGUUUAGCUGUACUUGCAUUAUUACGUAGAAUUGACAAUUUACUUUAUCUUAACGAGAGUCAAAUGAGCAGAUAUGCAAAUGUUUCUGGUAAAAUUGGAUCAUAUCUUGUACCAGGUACCUCAGAAACAUCUCCAGAAUUCCAUUUACCUCAUACACUGUCUUUUUGA